CUAACAAGACUGCGGCUGCUUGUUCCAGUUCUGACCGCUUUUAGCUUCUUGUCACUAAAUUGGUUAAAUAUAAAUAAUGUAUUUGUGUAGUUUAGCAAGCGGAAUUUGGACUUUUCAAGGGUUCGUCUAAUCAGUUGUUACCUUAUCAGCACACUUCGUUAACGAUCAACGAAGUACCCUACUGUGUGGUGGCUUAUUGUAAAACGUGUUUUUAAAUCAGUGCCACACACCCGCCAAGGACGGUGUAAUCCUCGAUUGUGUACUGGUAUUGUGGGCUCCGCAAGACGGCUGCUCUAUGCCCUAAAGAUGGCUUUUCGAAGCAGACUUAGCGGCACACUGUCAUUCUUGAUAUGCGUGGGUCUGUACCUAUCCCUUUUCAACCGCCCCUUAGACGCCAAAGGGGCCGCGUCCAAACAGGUGUCAGAUCUUACACAAGACGGGGAGCAGCUGGAUAAAUCCCACGCCGAGAAUGCUGCAGAAUCCUCAUUGGGAGGAGCGGAAGCUGACAAUCGGAGAGUCACCCGACGACAAUACUCCGCAACCUUUGAUUGGUAUCAAUGGUUUCUUGACAAGGAACUUGUAAACCCAGGAAAUUUUGGAGGAUAUUGCGAAGUCGAUCAUCAUCAAGUCCGUCGCAUGGUCAAACCACGCAAAAUCGUCAUCAUCGGUUCCGGCCCAACCGGUCUUGGCGCCGCUCAGCGACUCUACGAUCUCCGGCAAGAAGACAACAACACCGUGAUUACGAUCCUGGAAAAGGAAGGCAAACCAGGAGGCCUGGCUUCGUCUGAGAGAGAUGAGAUGGGGUUCCUCUGGGACGUCGGAGUUCACGUCGUCUUCUCCCACUACACCUACUUCGACCGAGUCCUGAACCUGGCAGUACCCGAGUGGAACUACCGGCGCAGGGCGUCGUUUGCCUUCAUGAAGGGAUCAGACGGAAUUCGGAGAUUCAUUCCUUAUCCUGUCCAGAACAAUAUCCACACCAUGGAUAAGGUUGAUCAGCAGAGAAGCCUGGCCGGAUUAGAAGAGAUUACCAGAAAUCCAAUCUCUGGCAAACCGGUGAAUUUCGACGAGUGGAUGCUGCAGAAAUUCGGAGUUGGUCUCGCUGACGUCUUUAUGAGGAAGUACAACAGGAAAAUCUGGACGGUUGACACCAAGGAAAUGAACUCGGCCUGGGUUGGUGAGAGGGUUGCCGUGCCGGACAUUGAAGAGAUCAAGACCAAGAUUGACGAGGUGGACAGCGGGGCAAACGCCAAGGAUUCCGAGUGGGGACCGAACCGCUUCUUCCGUUAUCCAAAAUACAACGGAACCGGCGGGAUGUGGGAGUCUGUUGCAAGGCGUAUUCCAAGACGGUGGUUCAAUUUUCACUCUAAGGUCAUCGGCAUUGAUGUUGACAGGAAAGAAAUCACUGUUGAGGUUGGUAAGGAUGCGAAGCAUUUGGAGACUAUCGAGUACGAUUCAGUGAUAUCUACAGUUCCCCUUGACGUCUUCACUGGUUUUAUAAGAAGCAGUGAUGAGUCACUCAAGGAGAUGCAGCAGCUAGCUUCCCAGCUCGUUCACACUCACACACACGUCGUCAGCGUCGGGCUUGCCGGUCAGCUACCCGCGUCCCUUGCCGACAAAUCCUGGGUGUACUUUCCGGACUCAGAUUCCCCAUUCUACCGCUUGACCAUGUUCUCCAAUUAUUCUGAUGACCAUGUGCCCAACCCAGCAGCUUACUGGUCACUCAUGUGCGAAAUAGCCGAACCAGAGGUUAGCCCCAAUCCAGGGUACUGGACCAGGGGGAAUCUGAUCAAGGCAUCCAUCAAGGCUUUAGUCUUGUACGGGUUUGCCACUGCUGAUAUGGUAGUCUCCAUACAUUAUCGCCGACUAGAGCAUGGGUACCCCGUUCCUUCGCUGAGGAGGGACAUGAUCCUGGACACGGUUCAGCCUUGGUUGCAAUCCAAAGACAUCUACUCCCGCGGUCGGUUCGGAGGAUGGAGAUAUGAGGUUGCCAAUCAAGACCACUCGUUCAUGCAAGGGGUCGAGGCCGCGGACAAGAUUGUUCUCAGCGUUCCUGAGCUGUCCUACCCAGAUCCAAAUCUCGCCAACUCCAAGAAAAACACAGACCGCGUCGUCCCGCUGGAUUGGGAGAUUGUCAUCGCGCAAGACGACCACCAAGACCUCGAGUGGCUGAAGCCCUACGCCGACCACACCCUGGUGUACCAUCUAGGGACAGACCUAGGACCCUUGAUUCAGUUCUACGCCUGGCAGCGUCUUGAAGGCACCCGACGCAAGGCACAAGUGUUUCUUCACCACAUCACCACCAAUUACGACCAACUGGCAGAGGUAACUAUCUUUGCACAGGGAGACCAGGAGAAGAGCAGGUGUUUCAAGUGCUUCGGAAAUCCACAAGAAUUCCUCUCGUCUGCAAGGAAGGCCGUCUCGUGCGAGUGGAGGGACUGCUUGGACUCCGACUUGGGUGCUGCUGAUGAGUUUCCGCAGUGUUCCCAAGACAAGAAGAAUGGAACCGAAAUCCUUGGCAUCUUAAAUCGGAACUGUUGGGGUUCUGUCCGUCAAGGAACGGGAUUCAGCCAUUGCUGGGAUGGAUGUUUCGGGGCAACAAAGGAAAUGAUACGAAGGCAUUCUCUAGAGUCUUAUCGCCAGGCCUCGACCUACUUGGGCACAAUCUCAAAGGAUGAUGAGGAUCACUACCUAGAGACACUGUGGCACCAAAUGCUCUCUUAAGUAAAGACAGUUGUUGUGUUUUUAUAUAGAACCCAUGUAAUGGAGUUGUUUUCAAUCCUUGGCGAGGUCCUGUACUUCAUUUUAAUCAAAGCAACUGCUUAACAUUUUGAAUCGAACAAUUUCAUUAACUUGUAAUUAAAUUGUCUCCUCAAAUAAUUGGGGAAUUUGUAUUAAUGCAUUGCAAAGAACUGCGACUUUCAAACGUUGUUAUUGAUUCGCAAAUCGUUGCAUUUGCACAAAUUAGUUUCUGUAAUAGAUGUUUCGGUUACUAUUAUGAAUGAAUGUGAAUAUUGAUAUACAAUCCCAAUGAGUUGGUACAUGCUCCUUAGGCUUAUGCUAAUUAAAAUAGCAUUUAAAUAAAUUGUUAACAUCAGCUAUGGCUGCGUUGUAGGGUUAUAACCUUGUAUGUCUUACAACCCUUACAGAUGAACCCAUAACAAGUGAACUUAGUUAAUAAGGCUUCAGUUCAAUGAGGUCGCAAGCGGGCCCUUUAAAAGUCCGCCCUCUCCGGUCAGAUAUCGAAUAUUUUAACCGUGAGGACGCACUUAUGAGCAGUAGCUAUCCAAGGUCGCUAACUCACGUCUUCCAGAACCGUAAAGGGAGGCAAGAAGAAUGUGGACAGACGGUUUCUUGGAAGGGGAAGUUUCGCGGCGGAUGCAUCUUAUACAUGGCAUUAUUGGUAC